AUGCUUGUAGUCGCCAUCUCCGCCAUCGGGGCGCUCAUGACUAUCAUGAUCGGUGUCGUUGAGCCCUGGCGCGUUCGUGUCUGCCACGUCCACUGGAAGCUCCUCCAGCGCGCCCCUUACUCGGCCCCCAAGCCUCUCCAUGACGUACUGAACCUCGAUGCAACCAGCGAGCCGUUCUACCCGCAGUCAUUCUCCUCUUCGCCUGACAAAGAAUGGCAUCACCGCGUGCUGAUGGCCAUUCUCAAGGCCACCGCCCAACAUGCCGGUGCAGAUCUGGACUGGACGGCGCGGCAUUUGCCAUCCCAAGAUACUGCUCUUAAGCCAAGCACUGACUGGGAGACUGAGAAUGAGCACAUGCUUACCUUGAUGGAAAUUGGAUCGCUUCUCUCUAACGAUCAUGUCAGAGGGCAUUAUGCCCAAUGGUUUGUGCCCGCGCUUACCAGGAACAAGCCCAAGGACGAUGAGAAGCGUCGAGAAUCAAGAAUCGAUGCCCUGAAGGAGCUGUGUGCUUGA